AUGAAUUUUAUCAGCAGUAGGAAUAAUAAUGACAUUGAAAAUAACUCCAACAACGGAGGAGAACAGCCUUCAAGGAGUGUGACUGAAGAAUACACAGUUCAAAACUCAGAAGAUCUAAUCAGCACUGAAGUUAAUCCACAUGGUUGGUCUUUGUUGCCGAAGAGAACAUACGAUUCAAUAAAAGAGAACAAGCCUGAAUCCGAUUGGAGCGAAAUAGACGAUGACACUAUAAAGCAAGAGAGGCCUAGAGGAAACACGUUGCUGCAUAUAGCAGCUCUCUAUGGAAAUGAUAACUGUGUGGAAAAGGUACUUCAAAUUGGUCCACACCUUUUGCUAACAAUAAAUACCAGUGGUGAUACACCACUGCAUGUUGCUGCAAGAGCUGGCAAAAUCUCUACUCUCCGGAAAUUGGUGGCUGCACUUCUACAUUUAGAUCCAAAUUAUGAACAAGCAAAAGAGGCAAUCCUUGUAACUAACAGACAAGGAAAUACUUUCUUUCAUGAGGCCUUAUUGAAUGGUCACAAAGCUGUAAUGAAGAUUUUAGAUUCUUCACCAGGCUUCAAGCAAUUGGUUCAGGAAAUGGUGCUUACUAGUAGAAACCUUAGUGGCAAAUCAGUUUUGCAAUUAGCAAUGGAGAAAGAAAUUGCUGAUGAUUUAUUGACCAGAGUAAUUCCUCGUUACACAGUAUGCGAAGAGUUUGCGGCGAGAGUGGAUAUUCGAAUGGCAAAUGAAAGCACGUCGACGUUCUUACAAAGUCAACGAGCCCUGGCACCACCACCCAUUGAGGCAUUCUUAAAACAGAAUAAAGUAUGCGAAGAGUUUGCGGCGAGAGUGGAUAUUCGAAUGGCAAAUGAAAGCACGUCGACGUUCUUACAAAGUCAACGAGCCCUGGCACCACCACCCAUUGAGGCAUUCUUAAAACAGAAUAAAGAUGAAGGGUCUUUGAAUAGCUAUGGACCUCUAUCUUUUCACAUUGCGGUUGAGAGGUUGAGUCGCUGUGAAGGGUUGACCCUAACGACAUGCGAUGUCGUCAGUGACGCCUUGGGUUUGGCGGAG